AUGGCGUCUUCUGACAAGCCAGAAAUAGUGGAUAGAGAUGUCAAGGAGAAAGAGCGCAAGGAGGAUGAAAAAGAUGAAGAGAAGGGUGGAUUUAUUGACAAGGUGAAGGACUUCAUUCAUGACAUCGGUGAAAAGAUUGAGGGAGCAAUUGGAUUUGGGAAGCCAACUGCUGAUGUUUCUGAUAUUCACAUCCCCUUAAUCAACCUUGAGAAAGCCGAGAUUGUUGUUGAUGUGCUUAUUAAAAACCCAAACCCUGUCCCUAUCCCUCUCAUUGACAUCAACUACUUGAUCGAGAGUGAUGGAAGGAAACUUGUUUCUGGGUUGAUCCCAGAUGCUGGAACUAUUCGUGCACAUGGCGAGGAGACUGUCAAAAUACCAGUUCAUCUGGUUUAUGAUGAUAUUAAAAGUACAUAUAAUGAUAUUAAACCUGGGAGUAUCAUUCCUUACAAGGUUAGGGUUGAACUCAUUGUAGAUGUGCCUAUUCUUGGAAGGCUUACUCUGCCACUUGAGAAGACUGGAGAGAUCCCCAUACCUUACAAGCCUGAUAUUGAUCUUGAGAAAAUAAAAUUUGAGAGGUUCUCCUUUGAAGAGACUGUGGCAGUGCUUCACUUGAAGCUGGAAAAUAAGAAUGAUUUUGACCUGAGCCUCAACACCUUAGAUUAUGAGGUUUGGCUGUCGGAUGUGAGCAUUGGAGGUGCGGAACUGGAAAAAUCUACCAAAAUCGAUAAAAAUGGAAUAAGUUAUAUCGAUAUUCCUAUCACCUUCAGGCCCAAGGACUUUGGUUCCGCACUUUGGGACAUGAUUAGAGGAAAAGGCACCGGUUACACCAUGAAAGGAAAUAUUAAUGUGGACACACCUUUUGGAGCUAUGAAGUUGCCAAUCAGCAAGGAAGGUGGUACAACCCGCCUCAAGAAGAACAAAGAAGAUCGUGGUGAUGAUGAUGAUGACGACGACGAUGAGGGACCAUGCCACAUUGCCACCAGCCUGGAAGACCUAGCUUGA